AUGUUCGCAACUUUAGCCUAUUGUGCCACGUAUGACCAUAGUGGCUCUCAUGCUGUUGUCGUUGUUGUGUCAGUUUUCCUCACUCAUUUCUUAAUUACCGGAGCAGUUAUAGCUACAUGCUGUUGGUUUCUGACGAACUCUUACCUGCGUGAAGAGGCUCCAAACAGUCAUGUGGUGAAACAACGCGUUGAAUGUACAUUAUUUCCUAUCACCACUCCUGGUAACUCACGGAUUCAUCCCUCUACUGCUAUCGAAUCUGCUCUUCAUGGUCGGAGCUUCGUAUUACCAUUAUCUUAA